ACAGUCAAAGAAUAAAUCAGAAUUGUAAAGAAAUUGUGAGUAAUACAUGCGAGUAGAAAUAAAUAGCUCUAGUAAAACAAUGCUGUAUUAACAGAAUUAAAAAGCAAAUUGUAACGUCCUUGAGUGUAGUGAAUGUGUGCACAGAAUGAAAACAAAACCUAAAAUUUCAGUACCUUAUUGGGCUAUUUUGCUCAUGAACGCGUGUAGUUUAUGUGAAUGCUAUAAAAACAUAAUCCUAAAAGACUAUCUAUGCGCGGACAAAUUUUUAUUAGAUAUACAGAGAUCCCUUCAUGUUCAUCCCGCAUUUACUCUAACUGAGGAUCGAGAUUCUGCAGCCAUCAUAACCCAGAUGUGGAAUACAACGUUACCUGGCUAUUACUCGUCUAACAAGUUAAAAUACGAUUGUUAUUUUCGCGUACAAACUCCUCAUCGACCGCCUCGCGGAAUUUACACUGUCAUCACACGUCUUAAAUUUCGGCGUAAUCCUGUCAAUAAUGCUUGCAUAGAUUAUAUUCAAUUUGUUGGUGGUAAUCGUCCGGCAUCUGAAAAGAUAUGCAACGAAAUAGCAAUAGACGGGCCGGGUCGGUUAAUAUUCGAUGAACGUAAUCGUGAAGUUAAUAUUCACAUUUAUAUCGAUAAGCGUGUUUCGAUAAAGGAACCACUCGAAUUGCGAAUGGUGAUGACAGCGCACUCUGAAUGUAAAUACACUGGAGACUUUCUCUGUGAUCCGAAAGACCAGUACUCGUGUAUUUCCCGUCAUUUUGUGCGUGAUAAUAUAACGAAUUGUAUGUAUCCAUGUCGAGAUGAAAUAUCAUGCUUUCACGAUGCACCUACUUCAGUGGAAGCUGACACCACCUAUGUAGCACUUUCAGCGCUAACUUCGCUAAUUUUUACAAUGUUGGGCGUUGGUUUCUGCAUAUGGGUCUGUUGGAAAUAUUGGAAUUGCAUAACCGUGCAACAGCAUGCACACGAAGCUUCGGCGCUUGCUCAUCGUAGAGGGCAAACGGAAACCCCUGUAGUCCAGAUACCAAACGCACCAUCUUUUAGCGGUGCUAUUACUUCGAGUAUUGGAUAUGAACAAGAUAAUCGACAUCAUCAACCACAAUCACCAAAAGAUUUACCGCCAAGCUAUGAAUCAUUAUUUCCUGAAAGAUAAGCGGUAGUGUGGCGUUGUAGUCAAUUUAUUUAAAAAUGUUACUGCUAGACGCAAGCCAAACUAUUAUCUACAUGUUUAAGGAAUCUCUUUUACAAUUCAAUCAAAUGUUGGUGAUCCAGUUUUGUGAACUAAUUAACACUGAAGUGUCAAACUUGUGCCACUAGCUUUUUGUGUUCUACUUUUUUUGGUUUUUUUGUUUUGUUUUU